GUUGGAAGUCAUAUCAACUUAAGUCUCAGAUAUCUGAAAUUAAGGGUUAUGAUUUGCUUGUUAAAUGAACUCCCCGACAUCUUGGCGGCUAUCAACUCUUUCCGGACCAGCUCUGUGCCCUUCUCCUUGUGAACGCGCCACUCAGCCACAGUCUAGCGAUGCCUCCCUGCUGAUGCACAGCACAGACCUUUGGUUUUGGUGUGUGCGGCCACCGCGACGCGAAAUCCAAUCUUGCAUCAAACUUUGCCCAUCUGCGCGCACCCUUUGCCCGUUUCCGCCUUUGAUUCGUUCCCGUGGAGAGUUCAGUCUGCAAUGUCAAGUCGGGUUUACCGAACCGAUGGCCAAGUUCCCGCCAACGUACGAUCAAAUUGAGGGGGCCCUAAAGGCCUUCAUUGACUCCAUCGACCCAGAUGCCGUCUGCAGCUUGGCUUCCCUGCACAAUUCGUCCAAGAACUGCCGCAUGUUUCGAGAUGCGGCGAGCGGCAGCUAUAACGUCUGUUACUUCGUCGAGUUUGACGACGGUACCCAGUGGGUUGUAAGGAUUCCGCUUGAACCUUGCAUUUCGAAUGUCUGGGACAAAGUCCAGAGCGAAGUGGCUACGAUCCGGUGAGUAAGUCAGGUGGUCUGCUUAUGGAACACCCCUAGAUUUGGAACAAGGUUUGUCAUCAAGGACUUGCCGCUCGCCACCCAACUCACC